AUGUUCCGCCAGUGCGCGAGUCUGGUGGAACGACACCGGUCAGAGCUGAGUCUCGCAUUGCUGUUGUCAGGCUAUGCGCUCUACCUGCUUCUUGGCGCAUGGGUCUUCUCAGCCGUUGAGCUUCCAUAUGAGCAACGGCUGCGCGAACAGCUGGAGACCGUCCGGCAGGAGUUUCUCCGGGACAACGCGUGCGUGUCUGACGAACGGCUCGAGGAGCUUCUGUCCCGCGCGCUGGAUGCCAAUAACUACGGCGUGUCGGUGCUCGGUAACGCUAGUAAAAACAACUGGGACUUCACCUCCUCUCUGUUCUUUACCAGCACAGUUCUGACCACAACAGGUAGGUUUAGGUGGGUUGGUCAGUGUGAUUUUAACCUUUGCUCAAAUGUAGUUAUUUAAAGUUUGUGUUUCAUCUUCUCCAGAUGGGUAUCACAAAGAAGGAUUACUACCAGAUAACUGAAAACAUUAAGAUGAAUUGAAUAGGCCUGCAGCUUAUGGGUUGUUUGAAGUGUCAGGUCAAUGUACAAUUGGGUUGAGGUCGGGCCAUUGUGGAAUGCCCCCCCCCCCCCCCCCCGGGGUAAGUGGGUAAGUGGACAAGGGGCCUGUGCCUGAGCAGGGCUGUCAGCCUCCAGGCAAGUUAUUGUAUUGGCUUUUAAAAAGGUGCGUGUGCAUGUUGUUGCAGGUUAUGGCCACACUGUACCACUGUCAGAUGGAGGAAAGGCAUUCUGUGUGUUCUACUCUCUCCUCGGAAUCCCCGUCACUCUCCUCUUCCUUUCCGCCCUGGUACAAAGAAUUAUGGUCCUGGUGACACGCCGGCCUGUGGUGUACCUUCACCUGCGAUGGGGCAUGUCCAAACCAACGUUGGCCGCUGUCCAUGCGGCAUGUCUAUCCUCUGUUGCAGCACUGCUCCUCUUCCUCCUACCAGCGGUAGUGUUCUGCAGGCUGGAGCCUCAAUGGAGCUACCUGGAGUCCCUCUACUUCUGCUUCAUCUCGCUUACUACAAUUGGCCUAGGAGACUAUGUACCUGGAGAGACUCACAGCACCGUUCCCAACUCUCACCGCACGCUAUAUAAGCUGGCUAUUACACGUAAGUUACUAUAACACAACCAUAACAUAACCAUAGCAAAGCCAUGAACCCCAGCCCUCACUGCUAUUUACCUUGUCAAAGAUACUAACAAAAAAGCAAGAUAGCCUGCCCUACUGCCAUGCAACAAUAGAUUCCAUGGAUAAGAAAUAUACAGUGAGGGAAAAAAGUAUUUGAUCCCCUGCUGAUUUUGUACGUUUGCCCACUGACAAAGACAUGAUCAGUCUAUCAUUUUAAUGGUAGGUUUAUUUGAACAGUGAGAGACAGAAUAACAACAAACAAAUCCAGAAAAACGGUCAGACAUUUCUUGUAGUUGGCCACCAGGUUUGCACACAUCUCAGGAGGGAUUUUGUUCCACUCCUCUUUGCAGAUCUUCUUCCAAGUCAUUAAGGUUUCGAGGCUGACGUUUGGCAACUCGAACCUUCAGCUCCCUCCACAGAUUUUCUAUGGGAUUAAGGUCUGGAGACUGGCUAGGCCACUCCAGGACCUUAAUGUGCUUCUUCUUGAGCCACUCCUUUGUUGCCUUGGCUGUGUGUUUUGGGUCAUUGUCAUGCUGGAAUACCCAUCCACGACCCAUUUUCAAUGCCCUGGCUGAGGGAAGGAGGUUCUCACCCAAGAUUUGACGGUACAUGGCCCCGUCCAUCGUCCCUUUGAUGCAGUGAAGUUGUCCUGUCCCCUUAGCAGAAAAACACCCCCAAAGCAUAAUGUUUCCACCUCCAUGUUUGACGGUGGGGAUGGUGUUCUUGGGGUCAUAGGCAGCAUUCCUCCUCCUCCAAACACGGCGAGUUGAGUUGAUGCCAAAGAGCUCGAUUUUGGUCUCAUCUGACCACAACACUUUCACCCAGUUCUCCUCUGAAUCAUUCAGAUGUUCAUUGGCAAACUUCAGACGGGCCUGUAUAUGUACUUUCUUGAGCACGGGGACCUUGCGGGCGCUGCAGGAUUUCAGUCCUUCACGGCGUAGUGUGUUACCAAUUGUUUUCUUGGUGACUAUGGUCCCAGCUGCCUUGAGAUCAUUGACAAGAUCCUCCCGUGUAGUUCUGGGCUGAUUCCUCACCGUUCUCAUGAUCAUUGCAACUCCACGAGGUGAGAUCUUGCAUGGAGCCCCAGGCUGAGGGAGAUUGACAGUUAUUUUGUGUUUCUUCCAUUUGCGAAUAAUCGCACCAACUGUUGUCACCUUCUCACCAAGCUGCUUGGCGAUGGUCUUGUAGCCCAUUCCAGCCUUGUGUAGGUCUACAAUCUUGUCCCUGACAUCCUUGGAGAGCUCUUUGGUCUUGGCCAUGGUGGAGAGUUUGGAAUCUGAUUGAUUGAUUGCUUCUGUGGACAGGUGUCUUUUAUACAGGUAACAAACUGAGAUUAGGAGCACUCCCUUUAAGAGUGUGCUCCUAAUCUCAGCUCGUUACCUGCAUAAAAGACACCUGGGAGCCAGAAAUCUUUCUGAUUGAGAGGGGGUCAAAUACUUAUUUCCCUCAUUAAAAUGCAAAUCAAUUUAUAACAUUUUUGACAUGCGUUUUUCUGGAUUAUUUUGUUGUUAUUCUGUCUCUCACUGUUCAAAUAAACCUACCAUUAAAAUUAUAGACUGAUCAUUUCUUUGUCAGUGGGCAAACGUACAAAAUCAGCAGGGGAUCACAUACUUUUUUCCCUCACUGUAUUCUGUUCAAUGCAGUUUGAUGUCACCUUAAGUGUAUAAAAACAGUGCACACUGUUUCAUCAUUGAUUCUCAUUUUCGGAUGUUCUAUACUUCAGGUCACAGCAAUGGAAAUUUAGUAGAUAUAAGUUGGCAAUUUAGCAUCUAAAUAUAGAAUCCUUGGUGUACUACAUGAAGGUGGUGAAGGUCACGUGAUUCUGGCUUUGGCGCAUGUGCUGUCUUUGGCGAAUGUGCAGUUUGCGAGGGGAUGGGGUACCUGCACUACCACUGUUAUAACCAGUGAACCAGCCCUACUAUCCAUGAUGCAACACUAACCAUAACCCCACAGUACGGUGCACUACAGUCUAUAGCCAUGUCCUAUAAGUUAUUAUUAGAAAAGGAAACGCUUCACUCAGUGGUGGAAAAAGUACCCAAUUGUCAUACUUGAGUAAAAGUAAAGAUACCUUAAUAGAAAAUGACUCAAGUAAAAGUGAAAGUCACCCAGUGAAAUACUACUUGAGUAAAAGUCUAAAAGUAUUUGGUUUUAAAUAUACUUAAGUAUUCAAAGUAAAUGUAAAAGUAUAAAUCAUUUCACAUUCCUUAUAUUAAGCAAACCAGACGGCACGAUUUUCUUGUUUUUUAAAUUUACGGAUAGCCAGGGUCACACACCAACACUCAGACAUAAUUUAUAAACGAAGCAUUUAAGCAUUUGUGUUUAGUGAGUCCGCAAGAUCAGAGGCUGUAGGGAUGACCAGGGAUGUUCUCUUGAUAAGUGUGUGAAUUUGACCAUUUUCCUGUUCUGCUAAGCAUUCAAAAUGUAAAGAGUACUUUUAGGUGUUAGGGAAAAUGUAUGGAGUAAAAAGUACAUUAUUUUCUUUAGGAAUGUAGUGGCGUAAAAGUUGUAAAAAAUAUAAAUAGGAAAGUAAAGUACAGAUACCCCCAAAAACGAUUUAAGUAGUAUUUUUACUUAAGUACUUUAAACCACUGGCUCCACUCUAGUAUCUCCGAUGCAAUAAUUGAUUUAACAACAUUUUGACAGCAUGCUCUCUUCAUCAAGGUAUCAUGAGUUAUUAUAACCAUAAUCUAACCAUAAUAACUAGGGCGGUCAAACAAUAUAUUUUUUUUAUCAAGAUGUUUCCAGGAUUUACUGUGAUUAAUCACGAUUAAUCACAAAUUCUGAAUUUGCUUAAAUUAAGCAGUAAUUUAAGAUUUUCCAUACAAUAAUUUUUGUAAGAAUUGAUUUGGUCUAAGGUAAUGGUUAGCAAAAUUUGGUUAAUUGAAAAAAGCAUACUUCUUUAACCUCAAUGUCAACUUGUUUUUACAUUGCAUUGUUGUUUUUAGCUGUAUAGAUUGUGUAUUUCGGAGGUUGUCAGUGUAUUUUGAACGGUUUCAGAUAAUGUGAUUAAUCACGAUAAAAAAUUAUUGUGCACUAAAAUUACAAAAAGUUAACUAGAGUUAACUUAUUAAACUCUGACAGCCCUAAUAAUAACACAACCAUAACCCCAACCACAUGCUAUAGUCUAGCCAUCACUUGUAAGUUACUAUAACCAUAACAGAACCACCUAUGAAUUACUAUAUCAGGUUCAUGUGUGAUUCAUCUUAUUCUCCCCCCUUUCUCGUCACUCUCCCUCUGUGUCAGUGUACCUGUUGCUGGGCUUGGUGUGUCUGUUGGUGGUGCUAGAGACUUGUUGUGAGCUGCCACAGCUGAAGAGUUUCACGAGGAGAUUCUACAGAGAAAAGAAAGCUCCAGAGUCAGAGACCAGAGACCAGGAGGAGUUUAGCAGCACAGAACAUGAUCAAAUGACUGACCACCUAACUGAUCAGCUGACCUUCUCCUCAGUGUCUGCCCAGGCCGCCUCCCUCCGCCAGGACAACACCCCCUGGCAAUAGAAUAAAAUAGAUACUUCACUGACUGAUGAGAAUGGAAAUGUGUCUUCUGCCUUCCUCAUUCAAACAAAUUAGCUACAUCCGUAUGAAUGAGAGAUGUGUGGCUAACCAGUGUUGUUGUGGGAUUCGCGAUUACU